AUGGGUUGUGGAGUCACUAAAGGAAGUGAAUUCCACAGAACAUUUGACAAAGAUGGGAAUAUAAUUUCAGUUAGGAUCUCAGCGGCCAUAACAAUUAAAGCUGCGGUUAUGAUCCAGCGCUGGUAUCGACAGCAUGUGGCUCGCAUGGAGUUGAGGAGACGAUACACAUGGAACAUCUUUCAAUCCAUAGAGUAUUCUGGCCAACAGGACCAAAUCAAACUGUGUAAUUUUCUUGGUUACCUCAUGGACAACUUCACACCCUCUAGUAGUGAACGAAAGUUGAUCUCUCACAUCUUCAGAGAAAAUGAAGUAUGUCGGGAUGCAGAGUGGGAGAGAUACUUCAGUUAUACCAACAUCGAGGUGCCAGAAAUUUACUCAGGUCCACGACUAACCUUCCCACUUGAUGCAAAUCAAGCUGUUGAUCUUGUCGAGGCCUUCAGAAAUAAACAACAGCUUCAUUCUCGUUAUGUCCUACAACUGCUUCUUGAAACAUGGAAGUUGCUCAGAGUUUUCCCAAAUAUUAACAGAAUCUCAACAUGCCAUAGCAAAGAGAUCACAGUAUGUGGUGAUUUACAUGGACAAUUAGAGGACUUACUACUUAUAUUUUACAAAAAUGGUAUGCCAUCUCUGGAGAGGCCCUAUGUGUUUAACGGAGACUUUGUUGAUCGAGGCAAGAACUCCAUUGAAAUUCUCCUCAUUUUGUUUGCCUUCCUGUUGGUGUAUCCUGGAGAAGUUCACCUCAAUCGAGGAAAUCAUGAGGAUCACAUAAUAAACCUAAGGUAUGGUUUUACCAAGGAAGUGUUGAGCAAAUACAAGUUGCAUGGAAAACGAAUUCUAAAGCUGCUGCAAAAGAUCUUUAGCUGGUUACCCCUGGCAACAGUGAUUGAUCAAAAGGUGCUAAUUGUUCAUGGAGGGAUCUCAGACAGUACAGACCUGGCAACGGUGGCCCGAGUGGACAGACACAAAUACAUAUCUGCUCUCAGACCUCCAAAGAAGAAGUAUCAGUCUGUCCAGACGACCUUGGAUUCGGAGAUAGAACAAGACUCUAAGUACAGUCUUUUGAGCAACAGACGGGCCUCUCUCACCCAUUGCAGGAUCUUUCGUUCGCGUAGCAGUUUUCCUAAUCGUUCCCUGCAGGAUUUCUCAACCACAGUGGCACGAACCAUGGAAGAGGAACAUGAAAUCCAGCGUAGGCGCUCUAUCCUAGCCCAGUCCAGCUACAGCUUGUCCUAUAAACACUUAAAAAUGCCCAUUUCUUCUGAAUUAAAGACAGACUCUAAUGAAGUCACUGACAUCAGCAAUGAAUGGAAAGAGAUCCUGGAUCUGUUGUGGAGUGACCCUAUUACAGAAGCUGGCUGUGUCCCGAAUGAAGUGCGUGGUGGUGGAUGUUACUGGGGUCCCAAUGUAACUGAGGACUUUUUGAACAAACACAACAUGCAGCUCAUUAUUCGGUCUCAUGAAUGCAAGAUAGAUGGAUAUGAGUUCUGCCACAACCGCAAGGUUCUCACAAUUUUUUCAGCCUCUAACUACUAUGAGGUGGGCAGUAACAGGGGAGCACUGGUCAGGCUGGGUCCAGAUCUGGUUCCUUACUUCAUCCAGUACCAGGCCAACAGUAAGACCCGGGAGACGAGUCUGGGACAAAGUGUCAGACGGACAGAGCACUCGGCUCUCAAGAUCCUGAGAGAACAGCUGUUUGCUCACAAGUCAGAUCUCAUUAGAGCCUUCCAAGAAUAUGACAAGGAGAACACAGGUCUAAUAUCUCUGAAUGAUUGGGGCAGUGCUGUUGGUAAGGUGCUGCAUCUGGAUCUUCCCUGGAGAAUGCUGCAAUCUCAGCUCCUCACCACUACCACUGAUAACAUGCUGGACUACAACACUUGGUUCCAGACCCUUGCCAUAAGGAAACCAAGCUGUGAGCGGAUAGAGCAGACACUGUUGGACACACUUUAUAGGCAUCGCUCCACUUUGGAGACCAUCUUUAGAAUAGUGGACUCAGACAACUCGGGUGUUAUUUCUUUUGAGGACUUCCAUCAGACAUGGAAGUUGCUAGGUGCUCAUUUGAAAAUACAGAUUUACGAUGAAGCCAUCAACAAACUGGUGGUCAGCACUGACGUGAACAAAGAUGGCUGCAUAGACAUUGAUGAGUUUAUGGAGUCUUUUCGACUGGUGGAUAAAAACAUGCUUGAAAGUGGUAAAAGCUUAUUUGUGCAUGAACCAGCUGAACAGAAUCUUCUCCAGACAGAAGAAACCACACAGAUCACAGAGGAAGAAAGCUUAUCCCUCACUCCACCUGAAUAG